ACACAGCCCGGCCCACUGAGAUCUGCAGUCUGUGUGUGACAUCAAGUAACAUGACCUUUUUCUUACUUUUCUUCACUGAGAGGUAAUUACGUCUCUCGGUGAAGAAACUAUCCAUGUAUUGUUUCGGACAGUAUGAAUAUGUUAAGACCCUCUGAUGUUUCAGCAGUUUUUUUUUCUGCUUCCUGGCAGUGGCGCACGAAACAUAAAAGUGCAUAGCGUGUGAGGCGCAGUUUUCAGAAGGCCAUAAUGUUGAUGCUGGCAGCAAUCGUUGUUCUGCACAUAACCACCAUCAUCCUGCUCCUGGUGGCCGCCAUUGACAAUGCCUGGUGGGUCGAUGAUUUAGUGUCAGCUGACCUGUGGGGCAGGUGGGACUUAUCAAACAAUGUGUGGCAUUACACAAAUCUGAAAGGCUACCCAGAAGAUUAUCUCCAGGCGGUGCAGGCCACUUCAGUGCUGGCCUGCGUUUUCUCCAUCCUUGCCUUGUUUGUAUUUGUGGCCCAGCUGUUCACCCUGCCCAAAGGAAUGAGGUUCACCUUCACUGGCAUUUUACAGAUAAUUGCCUGCCUUUGCAUAAUGACAGGAGCCUCAAUCUACACAGCCAAGCUCCACGUCAAUGGCACAUCUGGAGGUUACGGACACUGCUACAUCCUGGCGUGGAUCUCGUUUGUCCUCACCUUCAUCUUAGCGCUCACCUAUUUCAUCCUGCGUAAGAAGAAAGAGUGAGAGGAAAAACAGAGGGCAGGGCUCGUUCUCCUCUUUUAGAAUUGAUGAACACCAUCUGAAGCUACGACUGUAGCAAAAUGUCCAAAUGCUAAUGAGAGCCAUUUGUUUAUACAGCUUUUUAAAAUAUAUAUAUAUAUAUAUAUAAAAUGAUAUGGAGCAAAUGCUAACAUUACAAGUGUGAAACACAUUUUUUCAGCAAAACUGACAAACAAAAUAAUGUUUUUUCUUUUUAAUAAUGUGACUAAAACGCCUCAUAGAGCUGAAUUAUUGGGAAUAUUACCAGAACAUAGCUAAUAAAUCAGUUUAGUCUUAAAUAGUAGUAGUAGUUCAGACAUAAGUACUUUAAAGGAAUAGUGUGACAUUUUGAGAAAGGCUUAUAAUCGCUUUGGGUUGUUUUGUUUGUUGUUUUGUGCUAAAAAAAAAAAAA